AUACUGAUUUACUAAAGGUGACCAUAUGGAUAUGAUGAUCAGAUAGAAGAAAAUUUCAACUGAUGAUCUUAUGGCAGGACCUCUAUUUUACAAAAAGAUGUAUCUAUUCAGAAAAGAAUUAUGAAUCUUCAAAGAUGAUUUCUCUGUAAGAAGAUCUUCAGCGGGGAAUUCUCCUACAAAUAGGAAGCAUGUCGUGUCAGAAGUACUGGUGCUGGAAUUCUCCCACAAAUAGGAAGUAUGUCGUGUCAGGAGUACUGGUGCUGGAAUUCUCCCACAAAUAGGAAGUAUGUCGUGUCAGGAGUACUGGUGCUGGAAUUCUCCCACAAAUAGGAAGUAUGUCGUGUCAGGAGUACUGGUGCUGGAUUUAGAGGAACUGAGCGGAACUUCGCUAUCUCCGAUUAACAUCGGCUUCACACAGGAUCUAGAUCUGGUUGAUAAAUCAUGGCCAGUAACGCAUCUGUAGCUCAGCCCAUCACGAGUAAUGUGACGUCAGAGGAGGACGAGGAUUUCCCUUUGAGUGUGGUUGUUCCCUGUGGAAUCAUCAUCGCGAUCCUUACGUUCUUUGCAAUAUUCGGUAAUGUGAUGACGAUUGCGGCAUUCGUCAAAGACAAAGGUCUGAGAAGCGUGUACAAUAUGUAUCUCGUUAAUCUGGCUGUAACAGAUCUGAUGCUUGGACUCAUAAGCAUGCCUUUUUACGCAGUGUAUACCCUCAAAACCUAUUCGUGGCCAUUUGGUUACCAUUUUUGCAAAACUUACAUGGUGAUAGACUUUGCGUUGUGUCUGGAGUCUAUUCUUACAAUUAUAAUCAUCAGUUUAGAUCGCUUAUUACUUCUCAAAUAUGGUCCCCUUUACCACCAGAAGGAAACGUCAAAGGUAGCAAUCGUGAAGAUUUCUUUGUCCUGGAUCGUGGCUGGUUCCCUGUACACGCCGGCAAUAAUCGGCUGGGACCUUUGGACCGGAGAAGACGCAGUGGAGCAGGGAGACUGUGAUGUUCAGUUUGCUCUCGACCUUGCUUUUACAACAUCAACAGCUGUCAUUGAAUUUGUCAUACCUUUCAUAGCAAUAGGUGUCCUCAACUUGCUUAUAUAUCUUGAUAUCAGAAAACGACAAUUGGUGUCUCCUGCAUCAAAAGGUAAAACAUCCUUGAACAACACAGACAUUGUCAGGACCCGGAAGGACGUGAAAGCGGCCCGUUUUUUGGCAAUGUUGGUAAUCGUGUUUGGGGUAACGUGGGGACCGUACACCAUGACGACCAUUAUCAUCUCGUUUUGUGAAUCAUGUGUCAACAUAGACUUGUAUGAAGCCCUCAAUUGGUUGUUGUGGUCAAAAGCAUCGUUAAAUCCUUUUCUAUAUGCUUACAACAGUGCCCGCUUUCUUAAGAAUUUCAAGGCGAUGAUGUUUUGUGAAAGAAAACGAGCGAAUACUGAUACCGAUUUUAACACAGUUUCAAAUGUUAAGACAGACGAGCACGCAGCAUAAAGGGGUUUCAUUCUAAAUGUGGUACAUCAAAUUAACUCCACAUCCCAAAUAUACACGUACAACGUUACAACCCACCUUAAAGCAUCUUUGAAUCUUCUUGUCGACGCAUAUGUUGAAUCAAGCUGAUCUGGGUAACAUUUUCUUAACCAGUUCUUAAUGGCAAUGCUAGUAUUAGUAGUUUAGUCAGACUCCGAUUUUGAGCAAACAGGAAAGAAUGGCAUAUUUGAUGCAGUGUUUUUAAUCACAAAAUGGAAUGUUCAAACUGCUCAUUAAUGGAAAAACAUGUUUAUUGGUGAUACCGGUAUAAAAAAAAAUCUGCAGUUAUCAAAAUAGAAAUCUAGAAUGAUGAUAUGCAUUUGAUAAGGUAAUUUUAUCUUCACAGCUAAAUGAUAAAUGCACAAUGCAUGCAUAACAGAAGGUGAAAUCCCAAUUUAAAGAGAAAACCGUAUGGGUUAUUAUUGUUCUUUGACUACACUGGUUCAAAGAUUGUUUUUCUUCAAUCGUUUAAAUAAACACAUGGUCCAGCUGUA